AUGGACAGCCUAAUUGUACCAACCACGCCGGAGCCGCAUCUCCUACGACCUGGAAACUCCACCACAGAACUAUGGGAAGUGAUACUAGUCGCCUCGUGUCCGAUCAUCUUUAUCAUUUUUCUCUGUCUGUGUGUCGUAUGUUUGGUUGUCCGCAGUUAUGAGAGACCCUCCCUCCCAUCAGUGCAAACGCUGCGAGCCGCUGCCACCUCAUCCUCUCAUAUUGCGUCCAUCCUUCGUCAACUACCACCACCGCCUAAAUAUGAUAUUGCCGUGACAAGCGUCGACGCGCCUCCACCACUCUACUCGGACAUUGGUAAGGACCUGGGUCCCGCCGGAUUCCGGACGACGCCUUCAGGUGGUCGACCCCUCGGAAUGCAUCGACAGUACCCCAACCAUCUGAUGACACCUACAGUACAACCCUUGAAUAUACAGUAUCUGUACCCGCCGAGAUAUGAGGCCACCAUCGCGUCUGAUGACACCAAGGUCACUCCACCACCUGAAACUACCGUAAUCCUGCCACGUGGACGUGUUGAACAUGUCGUCGUUGAGAUUGGAGGCGCGGCAGCCACGUCGUCUGCUUAG